UCUGACCUGAGGAGGGUCGCUGUAAUUUAAAAAAGAAAAGAAAAAAAAGAACAACAUUUGUCCAAAUGAACCCAUUACGAUCCUCUGAACCGAAUUAGACCCAUUUCAUAUGAUUCAGUACCCAUUUAUUUAUACUGGAGAAAGACUGUCAUCGGAAAAUUAAGAUGGAGAAGAGAGAAAGCACCGCCACCGCCACCUCCACCAUCGCCUCCUCAGCAGUGGAAGAUGCCAAGAGAAGGUGCGUUUCCCUCAUUCAGCGCCUAACUACAAGUAAUCUUUCUCUCUCCCCAAGGACCACCCUCUCCCGAUUAAUCCACUCCGAGCUCUCCUUUCUCCACCGCCUCUCCGCCGCCACCUCUCCUCCUUCUUUCAGUCUCAAUAUCGGUCACCUGGAGGCUGUGUUGCACGUGCUUCAGCAACCAUUUGUUACUGCGGUAUCGCGCGUUUGCAAGCCCAUUAAGCUGUCCCAUUCGUGUAGCAUCUACAUCGAUAUUGUUUGUUCUCUCAAGGGGAAUCCUGUUUGGUUCAUUGUAUCCGAUAGGAACUCCAGAUACAUCUCCUGGGACACCAGUUCAGGUAAUAAAAACAAGGGGUUAAAGGAUAAAGUUCAGCAAGUUCUUGAUGCCGCACGCCACUCCCCUGUAACGCUCAGACCUUCUUCCGUUGUGCUUUUCUUUUCCAAUGCUGUUGAUGAUGAUAUUUAUCAGAAUCUUAAAAUUCACUUUGGAGCCGUCGACUUGGAAAUGGAGCCGUUUUCAUAUCAAGAGUUGGAAUUGGAGGAUAACUGGACGAACUUGGAGCUUGGUAGAUUUUUUCUUGAUGCUUGUGUUGUCGAAAUAAGGGUCGACAAAGAUAGUCGUGAGAUGGAGGAAAGUAUUUCUGAUUCUGCAAAUGCAAAGAUAGGUGGCUUAAUCUGCUGCAAAAAGUUGGACAACUACUCUGAUUUGACAUCUUUGUGUUCACUUGUUUUGGGGAUGAAGUGUUGGUGCUGCUCUUUAGAGGAUAAUAUAGAGCUUGAAGUUAGUUUACUGAAGCAGUCUUGGAGAGAUGCUGAAUCCAAGUUGGUUAAUUUUGAUACGACAGCAUUGGUUGCGAUUGUGUCAGGGAUUAGCAAUGGCCGGACAGAAAAGCUUUUGGCAACACCAGAGAGCGAAUUGAGAUGUCGGUUUAAGGGAAACUACGACUUUGUGAUUGCCCAGGUUGACUCCGAAAAUAAGAAUCCGAUACAUAGUGAACUGUCUAGUGUAAUAUCGGGAAAACAAGGAAUUAUAAGUGAAAGUGUUCGGUUGGAGUUUCAGGAGCUUAUCUCAAUGUGUGGUGGACCUAAUGAGAAAAGAAGAGCUGACUACUUUCUGAAUUUCCUCAAGACAGUGCCUGAUUGUCCAUCAACUCGGCUGAUGAGUCUUCCAACAACCAGAAAGCUAGCUUUGAAAAAUAAAGUGGUUUUUGGCACUGGUGAUUAUUGGUCUGCUCCAACUGUAACGGCAAACAUGGCUUUUGUUAGGGCUGUCUCACAGACAGGGAUGUCUCUGUCUGUAAUAGAGCACAGACCACGGGCACUAAUUGGUGACUAAUAUAUAUAUACGCAUGUUGGAAGAUUGUUUGCCAUCCCAUUGCUUCAUGAAAUGAUCUACUCUCGAUAAUUAUAGUCUUAUGAUACUGAUCUUUUUUAUCUUGAGGGAUUAAUUUAUGUUUCCAACUUGUGUAAGUGUGGUUCCGCUUACAAAUUUUUGGCAGUUUCGUUGUACUAAAUUAGAAUUCUUGUCUGAAAUUAGCUGGCCAACUCUAGAAUACAAUGCCCAUUCAACACAAGGCAGCUAGCAUUUUUAUGUUCAUUUAAGCUGUCUAAGAAGCAGUAUUGCUAAAA